AUGAAGCUUAAAGAGUUCAAUGCUAAGGUGAAAUCACUUCCAUUCUAUGUCACUUUUGAAGAAGCUUGGGAUAAGCAUGGUCUAGUGGAGUUCUUUUUCACAACUAGUGAAAACAAAGAAGAGAUACACCAACUUUUCAGGAAGGCACGAUUUCCCAUUGCCCCUCAUGCAGUCAAUCAACCACCAUCACCACCAUCAUCACCACCACCUGUGCCAGCAUGUCUUCCAACAAGCUUGGCGCCACUACCCAUUCACCACCUUCUUCCACAACUGCAAGAGACACCUGAGGACAUAAAGAGCUUUUUGAGAAAGCUAAAGUUCAGCCUACCUUCAAGACCCUCUACAAGAUUGAAGACCCAGCCAAGCCAAGAGGAGUUGUUAGUUGAUGUUCUUCUAGAGAUUGGAGAUAUCAAGAUCCCGGUGGACUUUCAUGUCAUGAACAUUCAAGGAGGAUGUGACACACCAUUGAUACUAGGCCGACCCUUUUUGGCCACUGCUGGAGCUGUCAUGGACCUUCCAAACCGGCGAAUGUCCUUAGCCAAUGUUGACAAGACAGUCUUUUACAAGACCAUACCAUUCAUCUCACCAAACAAGCUGUCUUACCUCAUCACUGCCCAAGGCCGCCCAAGAGAACCACCAGACCACACUCAAGGUCACAAUGAGACAAGAACUAAAAGACUAUGUCUCAGGCCGUGCCCUUACCCCAUCUCCAACUAA